GGUGAAAGAGGCGGAGGGGUGACGGGGGCCGGUCCCAGAAGAUGGCGGAGGCGGGGGAUUUCUGGUAGGUCCUACUUUAGGACAGGAUGUGGUACGUCAGUCUGCUUUGAUUCAUAGACGGUUGAGUUUUUCAACUGGGAAGUCUUUUCUUUCUUUCUUUUUUUUUUUUUUUUAACAGCUUACUGAACUUAUGAAACCAUGGCGGAAGGAGAGACAGAGUCGCCUGGGCCCAAAAAAUGUGGCCCUUAUAUCUCAUCUAUCACUAGCCAUAGUAUGAACUUGAUGAUUCGAGGAGUGGUGCUAUUUUUUAUUGGAGUAUUUCUUGCAUUAGUGUUAAAUUUGCUUCAGAUUCAGAGAAAUGUGACGCUCUUUCCACCUGAUGUGAUUGCAAGCAUUUUUUCUUCUGCAUGGUGGGUACCACCAUGCUGUGGCACAGCUUCAGCUGUGAUUGGAUUAUUAUACCCCUGCAUUGACAGGCAUCUAGGUGAACCACAUAAAUUUAAAAGAGAGUGGUCCAGUGUAAUGCGGUGUGUAGCCGUCUUUGUUGGUAUAAAUCAUGCCAGCGCUAAAGUGGAUUUUGAUAACAACAUACAGUUGUCUCUCACACUGGCUGCACUAUCCAUCGGACUGUGGUGGACUUUCGAUAGAUCUAGAAGUGGUUUUGGCCUUGGAGUAGGAAUUGCUUUCUUGGCAACCGUGGUCACUCAACUACUAGUCUAUAAUGGUGUUUAUCAAUAUACAUCUCCAGAUUUUCUCUAUGUUCGUUCUUGGUUACCGUGCAUAUUUUUUGCUGGAGGCAUAACAAUGGGAAACAUUGGUCGACAAUUGGCAAUGUAUGAAUGUAAAGUUAUUGCAGAAAAAUCUCAUCAGGAAUGAAGAAGACAAAAAUAUAUCUUUUGUACAGAAAAACAAGAUGAAAAGAGCAUGUAAAUAUUGGUAUACCAACAAAACUUUGGACUGUAAAAUUGCCAGGAUGCAGUUUUUCCCUGGACUGGUAUAUAUGUGUGUAUACAUACACACACAUAUAUUACUGCAAUCUGUGAUUGCUUUAUCUGUAAAUCAGUUACAAACCUUUAUGUAUUUGACUUAAAUAACUGUAAGAUAUAUAUGCACUACAUUAAAAAAUGUUGAUUAAUAGAUGAAAUUUUUAAAUUAAUUUUUUAAACAUACCAUGCGUUAUAUCACAAUGUUGAUGUGCCAAAAUAUUCUAUUAUUGUUAUGCAGAGUAUAAGAAUGCUUUGAACAAUAUAUAAACUUAGUGAAAUAAAAUAAGAAGAAAACCAAAAAAGGCAAACAAAAAAAAGCAAAUGGGAAACUGAUAUUUUUCUCUUUCACUUACUGUUGUGCCUUUUUAUUUUUCUAAUCACAGCAGUAUGAGUUAUAAGUAACCUAAUGUGAGGUUAGUUUCUAUUUUAGUGUUGUUUCGUAGAGUUUUGAAUGUUUUAAUACAUGGUAAAAUGAACUUCCAUAGAAUGGUUUCAAACCUGCAUUAAUGGACAGAGCCCAAAGAUUAAUUUUCAGUUUUGACAGUUUUUACCAGAAGUGUAUGUGAUGAGCAGGAAAGGUUAUCAUCGUUAAAUUGUUUUGAGUCUAAAUUUUUUCCAUGAGCUUUUUGAAGUACCUUCAUAUUCUUAGCUAAAUUUUUCCCCCUAAUUUUUAUUUUUGAAAUUGAUGACAAUUGUCUGGAACACACGGGCAAAAUCUUCUGAGUACUCUGGGGUGCAUGUGUGUGUGUGUGUACGUGUGUGUGCAUGCUGGAGUCAGUGAGUGAGUGAUAGAAUGUGUAUGUGGGUAUGUAUGUGUGUGCCCAUGUUUUCCUAGAAUGUCGAGUAGAUGUUUUGAAAUUUUUGGUUUUAGAACAGUUGCAAUCAGACUGAGAUCUUGUAUGCCAAACUUUAAUCUGCUUUUAUGUUUUCAGGCUGAAAGUGUGAAAAUCCUAAGAGGAUUUCAUAUUGAAUAUGUGUUUACAACCUUAACUAUACUGGUGGUAAACAUACUACUAUAAUUUAUUAUUCUGUUUUCCAGGUAAUGUUAUUCCUUUAGAACAAAUAAGGUAUAUUUUUAGAAUCAACUUCAUAAGCACUAGAAAAUCUUCAAUACGUUAUAAGGUCUAUGAUGUGUUUACUUUGAAAACUGCUGUUAAAAGCAAGCUGUAUUAAA